CUGCUUCCGGCCAAUUCACAACAUCCAAGAUGGCCGCCGCCGCAGCUUCCCUCGUUUCUUACGGCAGCGACUCGGAUUCUGAAAAUGAGUCAACGUGCAAAACCGGCGAUGAGAAAAUGGACCCAGCGAACCCGGACGCCACUGCUCACCUCCAGCCUCUAAAGUCCGGACCCACCAUGUCCGUGGCUGUCCUCAAUUCUGCCCCCGAGGUCGCCGUUAAGGAGGCUGUUGAGACUGGCAUACACCUGGACCCUUCACUGAAAGAAGUCACCUAUAACCCCACAUUUGAAACCAUGUUUGCACCAGAGUUUGGGCCAAUGAACCCAUUUAAAAGCCAGCAGAUGGCUGCCCCCAGAAACAUGUUAUCUGGUUAUGCAGAACCUGCUCACCUCAACGACUUUAUGUUUGAACAGCAAAGGAGGACCUUCUCCACCUAUGGUUAUGCUCUAGAUCCAUCUGUUGACACACACCAGGUAACCGCUAUUAGCUACAUUGGCGCAGUGGAUGAGGCUGAGAAAAAUAAAGGGCUAACUGUUUUUGAAAGCGGACCGAAGAAGACGGAGAAAAGGAAAAAGAUCAAAGGUGGAGAAGCAGGAGAGAUUGAAAACUUCCUUGGGCCAUGGGCAAAAUAUAUAGAUGAGAAAGAUGUGGCCAAACCAUCAGAGGAUGAACAGAAAGAGCUGGAUGAGAUCACAGCCAAGAGGCAGAAGAAGGGAAAGAACGAGGAAGAGGCUCCUGCUGAAGAGAAAACCAUUCUCCAUGUUAAGGACAUGUAUGAUUACCAGGGCAGGUCCUACCUCCACGUCCCUCAGGAUGUGGGUAUCAACCUGCGUUCUGCAGAUGCUCCAGACAAGUGUUACCUGCCUAAGAAACAAAUUCAUGUCUGGUCUGGACACACCAAGGGUGUCAGUGCCAUCAGACUGUUUCCUAGCUCUGGUCAUCUCCUGCUCUCCUCCUCCAUGGACUGUAAGAUCAAGCUUUGGGAAGUUUACGGGGAGAGGAGGUGUGUACGGACAUUUAUUGGUCACAGCAAAGCAGUGCGAGACAUUUGCUACAACAACAGUGGGACCCAGUUCCUCAGCGCUGCCUAUGACCGUUACCUCAAACUCUGGGACACUGAAACAGGCCAGUGUAUCUCCCGCUUCACCAACAGGAAGGUACCGUACUGCGUCAAGUUUAACCCAGACGAGGAAAAACAGAGCCUUUUCGUGGCCGGCAUGUCGGAUAAGAAGAUCGUUCAGUGGGACGUCAGGACAGGGGAGGUUGUUCAGGAGUACGACCGUCACCUGGGAGCCGUCAACACCAUCACCUUUGUUGAUGAGAACCGUCGGUUUGUGAGCACGUCAGACGACAAGAGUCUUCGAGUUUGGGAAUGGGACAUCCCUGUGGACUUCAAGUACAUCGCCGAGCCCAGUAUGCACUCAAUGCCAGCUGUGACACUCUCUCCCAACGGUAAAUGGCUAGCGUGCCAGUCUAUGGACAACCAGAUUCUGAUCUUUGGAGCCCAAAACCGCUUCAGACUGAACAAGAAGAAAGUCUUCAAAGGUCACAUGGUGGCUGGCUAUGCCUGCCAAGUGGACUUCUCCCCAGACAUGAGCUAUGUGGUGUCAGGAGAUGCGGAUGGAAAGCUGAACAUUUGGGAUUGGAAGACCACCAAGCUUUACCACAGAAUCAAGGCUCAUGACAAGGUGUGCAUUAGCGCACUAUGGCAUCCGCAUGAAACCUCUAAGGUUAUCACCUGCGGCUGGGAUGGACAAAUCAAACUCUGGGAUUAGAUCUGUCCUGGUAUGUGUGUCUGUUUGGGGGGAGGGUUCUGCUAGAUGAUGGACAAAACUGAACUGUUUCACUAUAGAGAGACGGGGAGGGACUGGUUGUCCCAUGGAAGUGAAAGCCACAGGACUGGUAUCCAGUCUUAUUGUAGCAAGGUAUUUUUGUAUCCCGCCGUGAGAGUAAAAUAUGUAUUAUCUGUACAAAGAUGACCACAAGCAAACUUUUUAAAAAUAGUUUCUACAGCAAACGGCAUAUUAGAGGGGAACCUUGGCAUUUUUUAAAAAUAUUUUUUGUUUUUCAAUUUGCUUUCCAAUGUUCUGUGUAGUAAUAUACUUCUGUAUUCCUUGCUAACAAUUCUUAAUUUUCAAUUGUGUGACCAUCCUAUUGUGGAAAUAAACAUUCUGUAAAUUUGAAAAUAAAGUAUUGGUUCCUCAACUUGUUUUUCACACAUAGUUCCACACAAAAUCAUGAGGAGAAAUCUCAUUUCUUUUGUUCCUUUCUUUAUCAAACUGCUUCAAAACAUUUGUCAAUUUACAUUAAAGGUACAUAAUACAACAUUGGAAGCAUUUUGAUUGCCUCUCAAAGGACAGAGUUAACCGGGGGGGAAACUGGAGAGUCGGUGAUGCACUUCCAUAUUGACGCUUUUGGUUGAGAGCACAGAGGGAGAGCAACUUCAUUCUCUCCACAGGCAGAAAUUGCUCCCCCAUAUCUUUACAUAGAUGAUAGUUGUUUGCUGCUAUAUUAAUACUCUGAAUUGUUCUUAUUGGACCAUUUUUGAAUGUGGAUUUUUUCAGUGUCAGCCCAGUGCUGUUCGAGGUUAAGUUUGUUAGUGAAGUUCUGGUGCAGCAGGGAUAGUGGAGUGAGGCCAAUUUGAACACCAGAAGAAAAACUGAAGGAGUAAAAGAACUGACAAUUACACAAAAUGUCUCUUUGUGUGGAGCUCAAUUGUUUUAUUAUAAAAAAAAAAAACAAUUAGAGUUCAGCUUUUGUUUUUGUCUUAUUCCCUCACACUCGCCAACGCAUCCACAUUCCCAGAGCCAACAAACACACUGAACAAAACAAGAGACAUCACUGCAACGUUCUUCCUGUUAUGGUUGUGCUUUGUUUUCUACAUACAAUCAUAUCAGGGUUCAACCACAGCGCCUGUUCGCCCAUACAUCCUCAGCAGACUCCAUCUUGUACCUUUUAUUACUGACGUUCCACUGCUCAUUCUUUCUCUACAAGCAGCUCCAGUGGACCCCCUUAAAUAUCCACCUAGUGUCAAUGUGGCAGGGUUCCUCAUCUACUUCCCCCUUUAACAUCAUGUAUUCAUUUCCUUAAAUUCCUGUUCUGCGGAAAGCGGUUUGUGCAGAUUAUUGUCAUCUGGAAAGGUUGUCCAAUAUCAGCCAGGAUGACUGGCUGUGAGCCAAGCUCAGAUAGGACCAUGAAGAAAAGGGGUCGCCAUGACUCAAGAAGCUGUCCUGCAGCCAAAAACACUGCCACUAUGAGGUAGAAUAUAGAGAGCCUGUGGAGGCAAUUUACUCUGCCCCUCUACACAACUGAGGUCAUUCCAGGUCAGGAGGAUAAGUAGGAGCACGAAUUUUGCCUUGGCAAAAAAAAAAAAAAAGGUACGGCCAGAUAAGAUAAGUCUGUCGGGAAAUGGCUGUGCUCUAACAAGAAUUUCUGCUGACUUAAAAGUCCAUGUUGAACGAACAUGUACAUUUCCAUUCAGGAACUGUUCCAGCCAAGAUAACAUGGC